GUUUGUCUGUGUGUGACUUCCGACUUCUUCCUCUCUUCAUUUCCUCGUUGUCAUGGAGAGGAGGCAGCGGCUGACGGGCUGCGAGCAGUGGGAUAGGCCCCGCUAUGGCGGUUCUCAGGCAAACCUUCCGGCUACGUUUCAUGGUGAGGCCUCCCAGUAUCCGACAGCCCGGAGCAGUGGAGGGCCCCGGCACAGCAGACCACCACAGGGCCGCACACAGCAUAGCGGAGAUACCCGGCAGGGCCUCAGCCAGCAUGGGGCGCCGCAGUAUAGGAUGCAUCCGCAGGAGGAGCGGCUCCAGAGCGGCGCACAGCAUGGAGGUCUACCUCAUGAAAGUGUGCGGCCGCAACAGCUCAUCUCCCCUCACUCAGGCGUCCUGCAAACGAACGUACAUGGUGAUCCCAAGCAUGGAGGGCCAUCUUCUGUGUGGCAGAAUGGAGGUCCCCUGCCCAAUAUAUCCCAGCAAAGAGGGGGGCAGAGGGAUCUCCUCCAACAUGGCAGCCAGCAGCAUGACUUCAACAGCAUCUCAGAGGGAAGCUCUGGUGUAUUCCAGCAUGGGAGACCCCAGCAGAGCAUGCUGGAUUAUACAAAAGCGAGUACUGGAAUCCCGCACGCCAGAGUUCCCGAGCAAAGCCUAAUGGAGUACAGAAGGGAAACCCAAGGCAUGGCUCAGGACAGAAAUCUUCAGCAAGACUUAUCCUGCCAAAGGGAAAGGCUGCCUGAUAUUGCCCAGCAUAGAGGCUUCGGGGUAACAGUGUCUCCGCAUGAUACUCAGCAACCUGGCAUGUCCCAACCUGGGAAUUCCCUGUCAAGAGGCGCUCACUUUGGUGUUCUACAACAUGGCUCACUACAUCAUGACCUCUCAGAACAAAAAGACGCUCAACCACGCGGAUACCAGUUAGAUGGUUCUCAACAUGGAGCUUCGUUUACAGGCGUGUUGCUACAUGGUGACCCCCAGCAAAAUGCACACUGGUUUGGUGAUCAUAAGCCUGGUAUAUCUCCUUUUGGAGGUUCCCAGACUGAAAUAUUCAAUACAAGGGCAUCUGUGAACAGACCUGUGCUAAAUGAUGCAUCCCACUAUAGGGCACCAUCUCCAGGUAUCAUCCAACAAUGCUCCACACCAUUACAGCCUGUGCCACCACAAAUCACUCCAUUUAGGGCACCAUCUCCAGGUAUCAUCCAACAAUGCUCCACACCAUUACAACCUGUGCCACCACAAAUCAGUCCAUUUGUAGAUAACGUAGUUCAAGGCCAUCAUAACUUUCCUCCUCCUUUUCAUGGAAACCUCUCCAAUCCUUCCUUCCCUGCACCUCCUCCAAUGGGCUCUGUUUUUAGUGGAUAUCAUAAGGAGAGUGAUCUGAAAGUCCCUCCUCUUCAGACACAAGUUCAUGAGCCCCAAAAUGUUUUCAACCAGGAUCGGCUUACGAUGCAGAAGGAUGAUAGGUUUGAGAAUCGAGAUCUGUUUAAUUUGCAUCAAAGAGAUGGUCAUUUUCUGCAAGAUCCAAGACAUGGACAUGUGCCUUCUGAAAGGGUAGCUGUGCAGAAUAAGCCUCCUAGUCAAAAUGACAGUUUCUAUGAACAUAAUGUCACUUUUUUGCAUCAAGAGAUACCAGAUCUGCAAAGAGACCCACAUUUAGUGAACCAGCAUAGAUUUAGUGAACAUGGUGGCCCAUUUGUUCUCCAUAACAAUCCAGACCUACAGGUUGAUGACCGCUUAAUGCAUUUGAAUAGACAAAGUGCACCGCUAUCUGGGACAGAUGGGGAAAUGCAUAAGGACAGCUUUCAGCAGUGGCUGUCUAGCUUUUUUACGCAUCGGAGAAAGAAACCUCCUCCCAAGACUUGUGCAAGUCAGUCUGUUUCUAUCACAGAGGCUCGUGGGCUUAUAUAUGGUGCUGUGCAACUAGUGUCACAGCUCGAUUCCUUGUGCCAGACUCUAGAAAAUGGAAACGAGGAAGGAGAGUCUUGGACUCUGGAUUAUGAAAAGGCAAGUGAUAUUCGUAUAGCGCUUGAGAGGAAACUGAAGGACAUAGAGAAGCCAGGAUAUAUUCAAGAUGUGAAGAAGAAACUAGAUAGAGUACGUAAGAAAAGACUUCGCUGGCAGCGGAGAAGACAAGCGACCGAGGAGGAGGAAAAGCAGGCUAUGGAGCGUGCUUCCGAAAAGGAGGCCGCUAUUGAUAGAUGGAGGACACAAUGUAUCCAAGCGGUAGAGGAGAAGAAAAGGGAGCGAGAGCUGAAAGCUGCUGCUGAUAGUGUACUUGCGGAGGUGAGGAAAAAGCAGACUGAUACCAAAAAAAUGCUGGAUGUUUUGAAGUCCUUGGAGAAGUUAAGAAAACUGAGAAAAGAGGCUGCUGGCCGGAAAGGUGUAUUUCCACCAGCGUCUGCAGAUGAAACAUUCAAGAAUCACAUCAACAGGCUCAGAACAAUGGUCCACAAGCGCGUGGCAUUGUACGAUGCGGAGGAGAGAGCCCUUAGAGUUAUACUGGAAGGCGAGCAAGAAGAAGAAAGACAGCGAGAUAAAGACAAGAGACUGAAAAAGGAAAGAGAAAAGGUCCUGCAAAAGCAACGGGAACUAGACGCCAUAUUGUUUGGAGACCCAGACCCUCUGCCAAAUCUGCACCCUCUACAGCCGUUCCGUCAGUAUUACCUGCAAGCUGAACACUCGGUUGUGUCACUCGUCCAAAUUCGACACAUGUGGGAUCAGUUCUUGGCACCGCCAGAGCAUCCCGAUGCCAGCAGUAUCCCUCGCGGAUGGGUAGGUCCCACAUUACCAUCAAGUGACAUCUGGGCCACAGCGCUGAAGCAAGCGGAGUGACUGAGCUGUAGCGGAUAGUAAUGAGUCUGUAUUACAAAGCUGGAAAGGAGGCAGCCUGUCCGGCUUAUAUUUACCAACCAUCAGUCCAGCUGCGCUGUAGAGCCUCUUCUAAACAUUAUGACAGAUAAAAUGUAAUUAUUGAAUUUAUAUUUAUUUUGAAAAAAUAAAAUUUUUCUAAUG